CGAGUACAAUUCAAAGGCCAAAUUAUGCAGAGUGCUUAUCCAACCAUUAGAAUCUGGGACAAGGAGAGAAUUGACAAAAGAGUCAAAGAUGAGAGAAAGGUGGGCUUUGGUCUGGGAAAGGUGACAAAGCGAAUAAUAACAGUCGAAGAGGAAGACAAAGAUGAAGAGGAAGCAGGAAAAGAAGAUGAAGAAAAUGAAGAUGCUGAAAUGUUGUCAAAGGAGGAUUGUGUGAAGGAGAUUAUAGCUGUGGCACAAAAGUUUAGUGAUGCUUUUGUGGAAUUCUCAAAGUUGCCGUCAACCAUUGCAAAAAAGUUCCCAAUUUCUGAUAUCUUGAAGAAGAUAUACUUGACCACAGCUGAUUACUUCAUCAAUCAAGCAAAUGGAAAUCAAGCAAAAGGAACUCAACGAUUAUCAGAGAAGUGUGUCCUUGAGGAAGAUGAUGACUUCUUUAAUGAGCCUGGAGUUAUGGAAGCCCUUGAGAAACUAGAGAAAGCAGCAUUCCUGAAAUUUUCAAUGCCUUCAUUUGACAUAGGAAUUGAGUUUAACAUGUCACAGGGUGAAGGCACAUCAAAAGUGGAUGUAGAAGCUGCGAAGACUGAAACUGCUCCUGAUGUACAAGAUGUGAUGACUGAAACUGUUGAUGGAGUGGAAGAUGUGAUGAUUGACACCAUUGCUGGAAUGACUGAAACUGUUUCUGUUGAUGGAGAAGUGACUGGUAAUGUUGAAGUGGCUGAAGUGGCUCAAAUGGCUGUUGAGGAAGAAGUGACUGGAGAUGAUGGAGAAGUAAACAAGGAAAUUGAUAAUAAGUCAGAGAGUGUUGGUCUAAAGCCAUAUACCAGAAAGAGAAAGCUUCGAAAGUUAGGUGAUUCAAUUGUCAAUUACAGAUCACCUUUUCUGAAGAAUAAUAGAAGGCUAUGCAAAGAAUUUAGCAGAGAUGAAAAGAUUGUUCUUGAUUGGGGAUUCUCAAAAGAAGUUGAAAAGUAAGAAAAACUAAUAUUAUAUAAUGUAUUAUUUCAAUAUAAACACCAUUUGAUAAUUAAUUGUUUCAAUUUGUUUGAAAAAUAUUAUUCUGUUAGAGACUGUGUCUAUAUAGAUGAGGAAGGUGUGUUUAUAACUCAUGAAGAAAUUCAG